CUCUCUUCUUUCUCCCCGAGCCUCAGAGCCUGUCGGUGCACGGCUGCAGCUCCAGCUUGUUUCUACCUGCGCAGAGCAUCCAGCUGCUUCCCCCCCUGACCGGACAGACGCACUGCAGCACGCAGAGAGGAGCUGACGGAACAUACUUGUACCGAGCAGUCAGGCCGUCCUGCUCCAGCUGAAAUGCUGCUGACACCAACCAGAUAUGUCCAGAUCCUUCCAGUCAUCUGUGCAGUUUGUCAUCUCACCCUGACCUUCCCCAUCCAAACGCCAUCAGCUCAUGAUGACGUGCGGCAGCUGAAGCUGGACAUCCCCCACUCAGGUCCAAUUCUUGUCCCUCUGGGCAGCUCCAUCUCCAUCCCUUGCUUCGUGUCUCUGUCCUCCUCCUCUUCCUCUUCCCCGUCUGCCGUCCCCCGGGUGAAGUGGACCGUUGUGUCCGGCGGGAUUGAAACACAGAUUUUGGUAGCGCGGAGUUCAAGGGUGAAGAUCAACGAAGCGUACCGCGACCGUGUGGCGCUGCUGAACUACACGUCCUCUCCUGAAGACGUGUCUCUGUGGUUGGGCCAUCUGCGCCACAGCGACUCCGGUCACUAUCGCUGUGAGGUGCAGCAGGGACUGGAAGAUGCCAGCAAAGUCGUACAAAUUAAAGUCAAAGGUGUGGUGUUCCACUAUCGAGAUGCUUUGGGUCGGUACUCCUUCUCCUUCCAGCAGGCCCAGAGGGCUUGUGAGGGGAUCGGUGCUCAAGUCGCCACACCUGACCAGCUGCUUGCAGCUUAUUUUGAUGGAUAUGAGCAAUGUGACGCAGGUUGGCUGGCGGACCAAUCUGUCAGGUAUCCAAUCCAAGUGCCCCGGGAAGGUUGCUAUGGAGACAUGGACGGGCAACCAGGAGUGAGGAACUAUGGGACGAUGGAUCCAGACGAUCUCUUUGACGUCUAUUGCUACAUAGAGCAAAUUCACGGAAAGGUUUUUUAUGACCCCAUCCCACAGCAGUUGUCAUUUGACGAAGCCCAGUCGUAUUGCGGAGCUGCGGGAGCACAGCUGGCUACAACUGCACAGCUGUACUCGGCGUGGAGCGAAGGGCUGGACCGCUGCAGUCCAGGCUGGCUGUCUGACGGCAGCGUGCGCUACCCCAUUGUAAUCCCAAGAGAGCGAUGUGGUGGCCCACAAGCAGGCGUCAAAACACUCUACCGCUUCAGCAACCAGACCGGUUUCCCAGAGCCGUCUGCCCUGCAUGAUGUCUAUUGUUUCAAAGGACACGGAGAAACUUCUACUGACUCUCCAGUGGAUAAUCUGAUCACAGAAGCUGAAAACUUGCAACAAAAUGUUGUUAUUCUAGUGGAACGAGAAGAAGAAAUUCAUCUUAAUCAACUGGAGAAGCAAGUGGAACGGGAAGCACAAAGUGAACUGGAAUCUUUACCCCUGUUGCCCGAUUCUUUUACUACAGAAGAUCCACUCGAUAGAAACCAAACGGUCACCUCAGAUAGAACAGAAUCUUUCCCCACUACACCUUAUACUUUGGACUUCCUUAAACCACUAAAUGAAAGCACAGAAAUACGUUACGACUCCCAGCAUCUUCCAGAGGCAGCUGUCAGCACAACGAAGACCUUUGAUUCAACACAAAGCACAACUAUUUCUCCUGGUGAUUACAACGGGACAGACUUACACCAGAACCUGAGCUUCACCUUUCACACAUCGGAGUUUGAGAGAAGCACAUACGAACCGCAGACGGAGAACCAGACAGCAUCAGACACAAACUCUACUGAGUACCUACAAUCAACUGAACAGACAAUCCAGUACCAAGAAAUUCACGAGACCAGUUUGCACAAAUCUCACACCAAUUACAGCGAAACCAAGAACAACCGUACAGACGUAGAUGCAGAGAAAGCGUUUUGGGAGGGAACGACUUUGGUGGCUGGUCCGUUGCUCCAGGUAAAGUUGGAAGAUGCAACUACAGAGGAUCCCGUACAGAUGGACACGACUCAGACGACCCAAGACAAAAGAACUCCAGCCACACAAGAAACUCCAACUACUAAACUAACUGUUGAGGCCUACUCAAUAUGGACUCCCAGUGAAGGCUCCGGAGAUAUUUCCCAAGAGAGAGAAUUUGAAAUGGAAGCGGCCACUUUCAUGUCCUCGUCUCAAUCCGCCGCUGCUGGAUUCACAGCUAAACCGUUGGGUUCUGCGGUGGCUAGCACCUCACCUCAGAGAGAAGCUCCCAAUCCAACCCUCUCUUCUGUGUCACGCCAUGUGGACAAAUUAGAUUUUGAAAUCCACACCACAACACCAGGCUUGUGGGAACUCACUAUUUCUAGACAGGAAGGAAGUACAAGCUUAGACACAGAGGAGGUUGAUGCAACUCAGGCUCCUCAACAGGUAGUUUCUGGAGUAAGUUUGCCUAUGACUGAAUCUCCAGAGGACUUCAAUGUCUCUCAUUCACCGUCUGAAUUUGCAACAAAACAGUAUCAGACAUUAGGCAGCUCUUAUGAAGAGGCAAGCGGAUCUGAACUUGGAACAGUUAAUUCCAUCUUUCAGGAAGGCAUUAAAGUUGCAUCGCCUUUUGAGAAAACUUUUAUAGUUUCCCCAACUCAUGGCAAAGAAGAAAACAAGUCGACUUCAAUUGAAGAAGAAGCUAAAUCUUUCUCAACUGCUGUGCCCAUAGAAGUAGCUAAUGCUAGCCAAAGCACUGAAGAAAUUGCCCCAACACUUGUUCUUGAAGUAGAAACCAAAGUUACACCAACUGUUGUCCUAGUAGAAGAAGGUAGAGUUAGCCCCACUUUGGGUCUUGAAGACAGUAAAGUUGUCCCAGCUCUAGUUGCUGAAGAAGAAGCUAAAGGAAUCCCAACCACUGCUCUUGGAGAAGUUGUUAACAUAACCCCAACAGCUGCUCUUGAAGAAGAUACUAAAAUUGCAUCAACCCCAGUUUUUGAAGGAGAGACUAAACCUGAUCCAAAUGUUGCAAAAGAAGCUAAAAUUACAACAACUCUGGUUUCUGAAGAAGAAGCUCUUGUUGACCCAACUGUUGUCCUAGAUGAAGAGACUAAAGUUAGCCCAACUUUGGUCCUUGAAGAAGUGAAAGUAGCUCCUGUUCUGGUUACUGAAGAAGACACUAAUAUUGAACCAACGGUUGCAGAAAAAGCUAAAAUUCGCCCAACUUUGUUUCCUAAAGAAGCUAUUGUUGACCCAUCUUUUGUCCCUGUAGAAGAAGGUAAAGUUAGCCCAACAUUGGUUGUUGAAGAAAAUAAAGUUGUGCCAGCUUUAGUUGUUGAAGAAGAAGCCAAUGUUGACCCAACUGUUCCAGCAGAAGCUAACGUUCACCCGACUUUGGUACCUGAACAAGAAGCUCAUGUGGACCCAACUGUUGUCCCAGUAGAAGAAGCUAAAGUUAGCCCAACAUUGGUUGUUGAAGAAAAUAAAGUUGUGCCAGCUUUGGUUGUUGAAGAAGAAGCCAAUGUUGACCCAACUGUUCCAGAAGAAGCUAGCGUUCACCCGACUUUGGUACCUGAACAAGAAGCUCAUGUGGACCCAACUGUUGUCCCAGUAGAAGAAGCUAAAGUUAGCCCAACAUUGGUAGUUGAAGAAAAUAAAGUUGUGCCAGCUCUGGUUGUUGAAGAAGAAGCUCAUGUGGACCCAACUGUUGUCACAGUAGAAGAAGCUAAAGUUAGCCCAACAUUGGUAGUUGAAGAAAAUAAAGUUGUGCCAGCUCUGGUUGUUGAAAAAGAAGCCAUUGCUGACCCAACUGUUCCAGAAGAAGCUAACGUUCACCCGACUUUGGUACCUGAACAAGAAGCUCAUGUGGACACAAGUGUUGUCCCAGUAGAAGAAGCUAAAGUUAGUCCAACAUUGGUAGUUGAAGAAAAUAAAGUUGUGCCAGGUCUGGUUGUUGAAGAAGAAGCCAAUGUUGACCCAACUGUUGCAGAAGAAGCUAAAGUUCACCUGACUUUGGUACCUGAACAAGAAGCUCAUGUGGACCCAGCUGUUGUCCCAGUAGAAGAAGCUAAAGUUAGCCCAACAUUGGUUGUUGAAGAAAACAAAGUUGCCCCAACAGCUGCUCUUGAAGAAGACUCUAAAACUGCAUCAACCCUUGCUGUUGAAGAAGAAUCUAAAGUUGACCCAGAAAUUAUAGGAGAAACUUCAAGGCCCCCAACUCUGGGUCUUGAGGAAGAGGCUAAUGUUGACCCAACUCCAGUCCUUGGAGUUGUCAUUGAUGAAGAAUCCAGACUAACCCCAAACAUUACUUUUGAAGAAAAGGCUAAAGUUGACUCAACUUUGGUUCUUGAAGAAGAAGCUAGUUUUACUCCAAAUGUUAAAGAAGAAGCUCAAGUUGACCCCACUUUGAUUUAUGAAGAAAGUAAAUCUACCCAAAUCCCUCUCCAGGAGGAAGAAGUCAAUGUCCUAAAGUUUGAAAAUUCAGAGGAAAUUACUAAUUUUUCUGGUGCCCCUGAAGAAGAAUCCAAAGUAACCCCAACCUUUGUGACUGAUGAACUUAAAGUUACUCCAAUCCUUAAUUUUGAAAAGGAAACUGAUGUUGCACCAACCCUUGAGGAUUUUACAAUCUUUCCUGUGAAUACCCAAACAUCUAAGUGGAGUCUGUUGACUACCACAACUGGACCUCAGGAGCAUCUGAAUAGUGUAAAGAUCAGUCAGAAACCCCCCUUCAUGUCAGUGUCAGAGCCCUCAAUGAAUACCAAGUCUAUGUCUUCUGCCCCUACCAUUUCUACCCCAACAUAUGUGCCCCAGCGCACCUGGAGCCCAAGAACCACAAAACCUCCCACUUUCCAUGAGACGACAGAAACCCAGAAGGUGAACCAUUUCAUGCCAGCACUGGAUCAUGGUCUGAUUGAUCUUGACAUUAGCCUCACCCAACCACCCACCCUGCAUAACUUGCCCAAAGAGAGGGCAGCUGUAGGUGGUACAGGGGCAUUUUCAGAUGCCUGUUUGGACAACCCAUGUCUCAACGGAGGGACCUGCACUGAGCGGGACGGACACAUUAAAUGUCUCUGUUUGCCGACAUAUGGAGGAAGGUUCUGUCAGAGCGACUUGGAGCGAUGUGAACCAGGCUGGGAUAAAUUUCACGGUUUCUGCUAUCGACACUUCAGCCAGCGCCAGACCUGGGAGGUGGCAGAGAGGCACUGCCGCACGCAAGGAGCUCAUCUGGUGUCCAUCAUGACCCCAGAGGAGCAGGACUACAUCAACAGUAACUACAAGGAAUACCAGUGGACUGGUCUGAACGAUAAGACGGUUGAGGACGAUUUUCGUUGGUCUGACGGAAACCCACUGCUAUAUGAGAACUGGUACCGAGGGCAGCCUGACAGCUACUUCCUGUCUGGAGAAGACUGCGUGGUGAUGGUGUGGCACGAUAACGGCCGCUGGAGUGAUGUACCCUGCAACUACCACCUGGCAUACACCUGCAAGAAAGGCACCUCCUCUUGCGGCCCGCCACCAAAAGUCCGGAAUGCAUCCAUAUUCGGAAAAAUGCGAGUGAGAUACGAGACCAAUGCAGUUGUGCGGUAUCGCUGCUCAGAGGGCUUCCAGCAGAGACUGAACCCUGUGGUCAGGUGUCUGUCCGGAGGCCGAUGGGAGAGACCUCAGAUCCUCUGCAUCCCUGAAGGUGGAGAAAUUUUGCAGCACCUCGGCAUGUUGUCGCAAACCGACAGCCACUUUUCAGCAGCUGAAACUGAAUUUGAAGCCACUAAGGAGACGCCACAGUACUGGGACAUCAAGUUUUAACACCUUAAAAAUACAGUUUGGUUACAGUACCAUGACAAAAUGUAAAUUAUCUUGAAUAAUGAACCGCAAAAAAACAAAAAAUGAUGGAAAAUGAUUCAAAUUUGCUUCAGAUAAGAAUGUGCAUCCAUGAUUAUGGAUAUUUUAGACUCCUCAUGUGGCAUUUAAUUACCCCCAAAUUAGGCCAUGAUCUAAUAAUUGUUCUUGUUGUGGUUUUUGCUAUGUUUAGGGUCUUUUCACACAAUGGUGCUAAGCUUUUGAGACAAUUUCACGGAGUUAGAUUUUUAUUGUGUCAUGUUCCCACUUUAUCAAAGAUCCUGACACCGCUUAGUGAGUCAUCAGAUACCAAGAAAUGUUGUAUAUGUUGGUUUUCACAGCAAAAAUUACCUUUCACUUUAUUUUUUAUUUUUCCAACAGAAAACUUAAGAUCAAACGGACACAGUUUUGUUCGGUGGCUUUAUGUUGUAAUAAAGUUUUGUAGAACAGAGCCAAGAAUAAAUCAGUCUAUUUUACUCUCA